UUUGGGCUCAUUGGAGUUGUUAAAGUUGGCAGUGAGGAGAACAAAAAAACUGGGCCUUUAUUUAGAGGGCUGGUUUUCUGGGAGUUGACAGCCUUUGUUUACAUUCUCUCCUUUUCUCUCCGGCCACUGCCUCGCCUUCGUCAACCGUCUCCGAUCGGCUUCCGUUAGUCACCGUCUCGUGCGCCGUUGUUCCAUUGUCGCUCAACUGCCGCUGCCUUUCGACGGUGAUUAAAAGGUGACUUGAUGGACCUCGAGACAGAAAAUAGAAUAGCUGCAAUUCUAAUGAGAGAGGCGGCAGAAUUGCGUCGCCAGGCUGAGAAAGAUGGUGUGGAGGCCUAUCUGCGGCAUCCUAAAGUCAGGGGUCGUCCAAAUUCUCGUUUUCUUACUGCGACAGUUCUUGGUGUUCAACAAGCAAAUAAAGCUGUGGAAGUGAAUGAAAUGUGGAGAGUUCGUCAAAAGGAGCUUGAACUGGAUGACAGGCUUAGAGGCAACUCAAGAGAUCGAAACAACACCUCUAGGAGGCGAGAGAGUUCCCGACCGUCCAUCAUUUCCAGCCAUGAAAUUCCCAGUAGUUCAAGCCCAUCUAGUAAAAGAAUUUCUGAGGAUUGUGACUUAAGGGAGGAUCAAGGCUUAAAAGAUGAAGAACUUGAGGAAUUUUUACACUCAAGGACUAAGCGUGGCAGAGGUGCAGUUGGUUCACGAAUGGAUGAAACUGGUCCAUACCUUGCCCCUUGCAACGAGUCAGAUUUGAGUUGGCCAACCUGCUCUAAUUUUACUGAUAGAAGAGUUGUUCAUGGACCAGAGAAGCCUAAUUCUCUGAAAUCAGACAGCUCUUCCGAAGAGGAGAAAGAUAGAUGGAAACGAUCAAAAAGAAGUUCACACAAGCAGCAUAGAAAGGACCAUAAGUCAAAACACAAGUCUGAGAAAAAGAGGAGGAAAGAAUCAAAGAAAAGCAAACGCCACAAAUGAGAGCCUCCACAAUUGUUCAUUGCAGCGCAAUGCUCUGUUCCUAAAUGUACCCCAUACUAGACUUGGGGCUGUGUACAUCUUAACUAUAGAUUUACCAAAAGUAUAAGAUUAGGGAACUCUUGCUGGGCUGGAUUUCCUCCUCUGCAUUUGUUUUAUUGGUUACAAUGCUCUAUAAAAAUGGUCAGAAUUUUGCACAA